AAAAAUUCAAAUGGUUGUUUGUGAAUAAUUUUGUUUUGCAAUUUUUGUUAAAAUGUCCAUCUUUUAUUAAAAUUUAUUCAACAAAUUACUCCAAAAAACUCUUUAACUUACUAUUUUCUUUCAAGAGUAAGAAAAUAAACAAAAACAAUAUGAAUUCCAUUCAAUUCGAUGGCCAAUCAUGUCGCAACAUCAAAUCCAUACAAUUUGGAAUCUUAUCCCCGGAUGAAAUCCGGCGGAUGUCCGUCACCGACGGUGGCAUUCAAUAUUCCAUAACAAUAGAAUCGGGAAAACCUUUACUGGGUGGUCUAAUGGAUCCCCGACAAGGCGCCAUAGAUCGCAAUUCCCGUUGCAUGACUUGCACCAAUGAUUUAAUUGGUUGUCCAGGUCAUUUUGGUCAUUUAGAAUUGGCCAAGCCAGUUUUCCAUAUUGGUUUCAUGAUGAAAACCAUAAAAAUCUUGCGUUGCAUUUGUUUUCAUUGCUCUCGAUUGUUGGUCUCACCAACAAAUCCAAAAGUCAAAGAAAUUCUUCAUAGAACCAAAGAUAGACCAAAAAUUCGUCUCCGAAUGAUUUGUGAGAUUUCACAUGAUAAAAGAAUCUGUGAAGGUGGUGAACAAAUUGAUUACCACAAACGUAGUAAUGAUUAUAAGAUUCAUGGUGGUUGUGGUUCUUAUCAACCUAAAAUAAGACGAUCUGGAUUGUCUUUAACUGCUCAUUGGAAGCAAAUUGAUAAAUUCCAUCAAGAAAAGACUAUAAAUCUCUCUGCUGAGAUGGUUUUAAGUAUAUUCAAACGAAUAUCUGAUAGCGAUUGUUCGAUUCUUGGUAUGAAUCCGAAAUUGGCUCGACCAGAUUGGAUGAUCAUUUCAGUCUUGCCAGUUCCACCGCUGUGCGUUCGUCCAGCUGUUGUAAUGUUUGCAGCGACUCGUAAUCAAGAUGAUCUUACUCACAAACUAGCCGAUAUAAUACAAGCUAAUAAUUUACUAAAGAAUAAUCUUCAGAAUGGAGUUGCUCCAAGUAUUAUUGAACAAAAUGUCAAUAUGCUUCAAUUUCAUGCGGCUACUUUUAUUGACAAUAAUCAACCGAGUUUGCCAAAGUCAUUGCAAAAGUCUGGGAAACCUUUGAAAUGUAUUAAAUCACGAUUAAAGGGCAAAGAAGGACGAGUUCGAGGUAAUCUAAUGGGAAAACGUGUUGAUUUCUCAGCCCGCACUGUUAUAACACCAGAUCCGAAUCUAGAAAUCCUUCAAGUUGGAGUGCCACGAUCUAUAGCACUAAAUCUUACUUACCCUGAGAUUGUCACUCCAUUCAACAUAGAGUUGAUGCAAUUGUUGGUUAGUCGUGGAUGUGAUCAGUAUCCAGGAGCUAAAUUCAUAAUACGACCAAAUGGGGAGCGGAUUGAUUUGCGUUUCCAUCCCAAACCAAGUGAUUUGCAUAUAGAAAAUGGCUAUAUUGUCGAGAGACAUAUUCGAGAUGAUGAUUUGGUUGUAUUUAAUCGUCAGCCAACUUUGCAUAAAAUGAGUAUGAUGGGUCAUCGGGUGAAGGUGUUGCCUUGGUCAACAUUCCGCAUGAACUUGUCAUGCACAUCACCUUACAAUGCUGACUUUGAUGGGGAUGAAAUGAAUCUACAUGUACCACAGAGUAUUGAGACUCGUGCUGAAAUUGAUAAUAUUCAUGUUACACCUCGACAAAUUCUAACCCCCCAAUCAAAUAAACCAGUUAUGGGAAUUGUCCAAGAUGCCCUUAUAGGUGUUUGUAAGCUAACCAAACGAGAUGUCUUUCUAGAAGCAGAACAACUAAUGAAUCUUUUAAUGUAUUUACCGACUUGGGAUGGAAGUGUUCCAAUUCCUGCCAUUUUAAGACCGAAACCAAUGUGGACGGGAAAACAACUUUUUUCUUUGAUUAUUCCUGGUAAUCUGAAUAUGACUAGAACUCAUUCAACACAUCCGGAUGAAGAGGAUGAUGGACCGUAUAAAUGGAUAUCGGUUGGUGAUACUAAAGUUAUUGUUGAAUAUGGCAGCUUGUUGAUGGGAAUGCUUUGUAAAAAAUCUCUGGGAGCAUCUGCUGGAUCGCUUUUGCAUAUUUGUUUCAUUGAAUUGGGUUAUGAAAUAGCUGGACAUUUUUAUGCAAAUAUUCAAAAGGUAGUCAAUGCUUGGUUGCUAUAUGAGGGACAUACAAUUGGCAUAGCCGAUACAAUUGCUGAUCCAAAUACAUAUAUGGAAAUCCAAUCAGUAAUCCAAAAUGCCAAAAUACGUGUCGCCCAAGUUAUAGACAACGCUCAUCACAUGAAACUCGAGGCAACACCCGGCAAUACUCUCCGUCAAACAUUCGAGAAUCAAGUUAAUCGAAUUCUAAACGAUGCUCGAGAUAAAACCGGAGGAUCUGCCAAGAAAUCUUUAACAGAAUACAACAACUUAAAAUCGAUGGUAGUGGCAGGAUCAAAAGGUUCCAACAUCAAUAUCUCUCAGGUGAUUGCUUGUGUCGGCCAACAAAAUGUCGAAGGUAAACGCAUACCAUAUGGAUUUCGUAAACGCACAUUGCCACAUUUCAUCAAAGACGAUUUCGGACCUGAAGCAAGAGGUUUUGUUGCCAAUUCAUAUCUCGCUGGGUUAACUCCAUCCGAAUUCUAUUUUCAUGCAAUGGGAGGACGUGAAGGUCUUAUUGACACAGCAGUCAAAACAGCCGAAACUGGCUACAUCCAAAGACGUUUAAUCAAAGCCAUGGAAUCAGUUAUGGUGCAAUAUGACGGUACUGUACGAAAUGCAGAACGUGACAUAAUCCAAUAUUGCUACGGUGAAGAUGGUCUAGCUGGGGAAUCUGUAGAAUUUCAAAAUCUCUCCACUAUUAAACUCUCCAAUCGAGUAUUUGAAAAGCAAUAUCGAUUUGAUUACUCCCAACGGCGACAUAUGGAGAAUUUAUUUACAAGGGAAGCGAGGACAGCCUUGCAAAGCUCCGAAACCCUCAUCGCCGAAUUAGAAUCUGAAUGGGAACAGCUGGUGCGUGAUCGUGAAGGCUUAAGACAAAUCUUUCCAACUGGUGAAUCCAAAGUAGUCUUGCCAUGCAAUCUACAACGUAUGAUUUGGAAUGUUCAGAAAAUCUUCCACAUUGAUAACCGUCAACCCACCAAUCUAACACCACCCGAAGUCAUUAAUGGUGUGAGGAACCUACUCGAAAAUUGCACCAUUGUUCAUGGUUAUGAUCGAAUUUCACGCGAAGCUAAUGCAAAUGCUACAUUUCUGUUUCAAUGUCUGAUUCGGGCGAAUCUUUGUUCAAAAAUGAUUAUCGACAAGUAUCGAUUGUCAUCGGAGGCAUUUGAAAUGCUCGUCGGUGAGAUUGUCAGUCGAUUUCGAGUAGCACAAGCACAACCAGGCGAAAUGGUUGGUGCAUUGGCUGCUCAAUCACUUGGAGAGCCUGCAACACAAAUGACAUUAAAUACAUUCCAUUUUGCUGGUGUUUCGGCAAAGAAUGUAACUUUGGGUGUGCCUCGUUUAAAGGAAAUCAUUAAUAUUGCUAAAAAACCAAAAUCACCAUCGUUAACAGUAUUUUUGAUUGGUCCAGCGGCAAGAGAUGUCGAAAAGGCAAAAGAUGUCUUAUGUCGUCUCGAGCAUACAACUCUCCGAACAGUUACAACAAAUACUGCUAUUUAUUAUGAUCCCGAUCCAAGACACACGGUCGUAUUGGAAGAUCAAGAUUUUGUUGAUAUUUAUUAUGAAAUGCCAGAUUUUGAUCCAGAUGAUGUAUCACCUUGGUUAUUGCGUUUCGAAUUGAAUCGAAAAUAUAUGACAGAGAAAAAGUUGACCAUGGAACUUAUUGCCGAAAAGAUAAGUCUGGCAUUUGGUGAUGAUCUCAAAUGCAUAUUCAACGAUGACAAUGCUGAACAGUUGAUUCUACGAAUAAGAAUCAAAAACUCACCAGAGGAAUACAAAUUCAACAAUGAUGAAGAAUCAAGCGAUGAGAAUAUGGAAGAUAGUUUGUUUCUUCGAUGCAUUGAAAAUACAAUUCUCUCGGAUAUGACUUUGCAGGGAAUAGAAGCUAUAACUAAAGUCUAUAUGCAUCUUCCACAAGUCGAUACAAAGAAGAGAAUUGUCCUAACAGAAAGUGGAGAGUUCAAAGCUGUAGCUGAAUGGCUACUCGAGACAGAUGGAACGGCUUUGAUGAAAGUCCUUUCAGAUCCCAAUGUUGAUUAUGUUCGAACAUACAGCAAUGAUAUUUGUGAGAUUUUUAGUGUUUUUGGAAUAGAAGCUGUUCGCAAGUCAAUUGACAAAGAAAUGAAUACAGUAUUGCAGUUUUAUGGACUCUAUGUUAAUCAUCGUCAUUUGAGUUUGCUCUGUGAUGUAAUGACUGCCAAAGGCCACCUUAUGGCUAUUACAAGACAUGGUAUCAAUCGUCAAAAUGUAGGUGCUUUAAUGAGAUGUUCAUUUGAGGAAACUGUUGAUGUUCUUCUUGAUGCUUCUGCUCAUGCUGAAAUUGAUCAUUUACGUGGAGUAUCUGAAAAUAUUAUCAUGGGUCAAUUACCACGCAUGGGAACUGGUUGUUUUGAUAUUUUAUUAGACAGUGAGAAAUGUCAAAUGGCAAUGUAUGUUGAUGGAACAGCAAUUAAAGAUGGUAAUUGUUUGUUUGGAAAUACUUUUACACCCUAUCCAUCGCCACCAGGGUCAGUUAUUUCGAAUGCUUCGAAUAGCAUUCGGAGUUUAUGUUUUUCACCAACAGGAUCUGUUCGUUCGGUAUCGUCUGGAUAUGAAAGUCCAGGAUCUCCAUACUAUUCGCCAUUAUCUCCUGGUAGUACAUUUGAAGAAUCAUGGUUGCCCAAGAUUAAAAGUAUGCAAUCACCAACACAAUAUUCACCAACUUCACCAAUAUACUCACCAAGCUGCCAUUAUCUCGCAGAGAGUCCUCGAUCUUUGUCACAGUGUGAUUCGUAUUCACCGACAAGUCCGAAUGCCUCGCCAUGCCAUUCGACACCGAGAUAUUCACCAAGUUCACCAUGUUAUGAUAUAAAAAUGGGAAUUUUCUCAACAUCGCCUAGUUAUUCACCAACUUCACCAUUCUUUCCAGUUCCAGCACCUCCAACAUUACCACAUAGUAACAAUUCGUCACUGACUUCAUCGCCAUAUUCCCCAUCGACACUGUAUUCUUCAUCACCGUAUUCACCAUCUUCCCCUCUAAUGAAUUCACCAUCUUCACCUCUCAUCAAAUCCCCAGAGCCAAAUUCAAAUCAAAUUAAGAUAAAACAAGAAAAAUUCUCACGACAAUAUUCACCAACAAGUCCAACUUUUUCAUCGGCGGGUGGUGGUGGUUUUAGUGUGGUGGCAACACCAAAUUAUUCACCAACAAGUCCAACAUACUCACCAACAAGUCCAUCAUAUUCACCAACAAGUCCAUCAUACUCUCCAACGAGUCCAAUUUAUACCCGGAGAACUGACUAUUCUCCGGCAAGUCCAACAUAUUCUGGAAAUCCAUCAAGCUCAGGUUAUUCACCAACUAGUCCAGGCUAUUCACCAUCUAGUCCAGCAUACUCUCCAACAAGUCCAAAUUAUUCACCAGCAAGUUCAAUAUACUCAACAAAUAGUCCAUAUUAUCUAUCGACUCCUCGUUAUAAUUCGAAAAAUCAACCACGUUAUCCAGAUAGUUUGCAAUAUACACCGAGUAGUCCAUCUAAUGUUGGAUCAGAGUGUUCAACACCAAUAUCACCGCCAUCAUUAUAUUCACCAUCAAGUCCGACAUACUCACCAAUGAGUCCAGAGCAUUCUGUACAGAGUAGUUGUUUUCCCAGUCCAUCGUAUUCUCCAGCUGGUAUGAAUUUUGCUGUGCCUGGAGCUUCACCGAUUAGUCCGGGGUAUAUGAUAUCACCACCCCAAAGUCCAGCACCAUAUACAGCUUUUGAUGAUGCAUUUUUACCACAGUCGCCGGACCAUGAGUGAAGAUUUAUUUUUAUUACAUAAUUUGUUUUUCUUAAAUUUAAUUUCUUUACAGAAUUGAAAGAGUUUUUUUUAAUUUUUUCAAAUAUUUAACUUUUAAAAAGUUGUUUUAGUAAUUUUUGUUUUGUUUUAAUGAGUUUAUUAUUUAUUAUUAGUAUUAUUAUUUAUUUAUUUUUUUUUGUUCUGUUUUUAUGAUUUAGUUUUUUUUUUUUUGUUUUCUUUCGUUUCGAUCAAAAGAUUUUUGUUAUCUGAAUAUUUUCAUUUAAAAAUAUUUCAAUUGUUUUUUUUUUUUUAUUUAUUUGUUUCUUUUUAAUUUUGUGUUCGAAAAUAUUCGACUGGUAUUUUAUUUUUCAAAAAUACAAUAAUAUGUUUAUUAUAGAAAAUAACUAAUUUUAUUUUGAAUUUUUUUCAUUUUAUUUUCUUUCAUACUAUUCCAUGUUUUUUAUAUAAUUAA